GUCAAAGCUCAUAUUAAUAAAAGGGCGACAGAGGGAAAUUCAUCACUAAAUCAUAGGACUUCCACUUCUUAGUGGGGUAGGAUGAUUUGAUACAAUUAGAUGUGUGUGGUGUGUGGAGUGUGUUAACACUGUCUGUGGAAACUUUGUGACUACUGCUAAAGAAAUGUUUAAAAAUUAAGUGAAACAAAUGCAAAUACAUGUAUUUUCUUAGCUCAGAUGAAGACACAAAUUUUAAACUUGAACAACUGGCCCAGAUGCAUUUUGGUCUUAUGUAAUUUUGGUUUUGUAGAGUUCCUCCAAAUAGUUCUGUGUAACUGGUAUUUCAUUUUUUCAGCUAAGCCUAUCAAAUACAAAACUGCAGACUCAAUGACCAAAAAAGGUCUGCCUGGGAUUUGAGUGAGCUUCUUAAAAGCAGGAGACCUGUGUCCAGUUUAAGACUUCUGCUUGCACAGCAAAUGUUGUGGUAAAUUCAAAUACUACUAAGUAUUUGUCUUUCACUAUUAAGGUUUUGCUUUAAGAGAGCCAUCACCAUGAGUGCUGUGGUUUUCCUCCUGCUCUUCCUGGCAAUAGCUGAUGUUUCUGUGAGUGUGCCAAUUGACAACGAAUAUAACAUUGAUGAGUCAGUGGGUGAUUCUAAAACUCCCCCAAGACCUAAAGCUGACUUUGAAACAGCUGUGCUGUAUGAUGACAUUGCAAAACCAAAAACUUUAAGCAGGAAUGCAGACCCUUGCACUGCUAAAGGGUGCAAGUGGCCAAAAUCAGGAUCCUAUGUUUACGUGCCCUACUUCAUCUCUGAAAGUUACUCUCAGAAAGAGCGCAGCAUCAUCAUCAGAGGACUGCAGAGCUUCAAUGUAUCUACCUGCAUUCGCUUUGUCCCCUGGAAGUGUGGUGAUCGAGAUUUCAUCUACAUUGAAAAUAAAGAUGGCUGUUGGUCCUAUGUGGGGCGCCAGGAUGGAGGACAGUACAUUUCUCUUAACAAAGGAGGCUGCUUGCACCAAAGUGUUGUGCAGCAUGAGGUUCUUCAUGCUCUUGGUUUCAAUCAUGAGCAAGUUCGCUCCGACAGAGACACCUACGUCCGAAUCCUCUUUGAGAACAUUUUACCUGGUUAGUUUGCUGACGGCUGUAAAUUGACACAUAUUUUUAUAUGAAAGUGAUCCUUUCAGAUUUAUAUCAUCCUCAUCUGUUCUGGAUUUUUGGUAGAUUUGAAAUAUAAUUUCGAAAAGAUAGAGACAAACAACUUGGGAACACCUUAUGACUUUAACUCCGUCAUGGAGUACAGGAAUGAUGCCGCCUCCAAAAAUGGAAAACCAACCAUCGUUGCCAAGUGCAAUCCUAACCUUAAGUUUGGAAACGCCAAGGAAAUGAGUGCCAAUGACAUCCUUCGUAUCAAAAGACUUUAUGAAUGCUAAUUCCCUGCAUUGAAGUGGACAAGAUCCCAUUGAUCAGAGAUGGCAGAACUUUCCCUCCUAUGUUUCACAGAGAUGCAAAAAAAUACAUUAAUUCUUGCCUUAAGGUCGAUGUCAACUUAAAAAUAAUUCUCAUUCUUUGCUUAACUAAUGCUUUCAUAUUGAUUAGUUCUUCUGAUGCACCUAUCUAAAGCCUACUCCAUUAUUCAUACUUUUUUUUUUUAAUCAAAAUAAAAGUAGUGAUUAAACAGAAUGUUUUUGUAAAAGACAUUUAUAUUACAAUAUGCCUAUGAAAAUAAAAUACUCAAUUUUAAAAGGAUUUUAAAAUUUUCCUGUUAAGAAAGAAAAUGUAGUGAAAGAAAAAAAAAAUGCUUUUCUGAUGUGUAAUAAAAAAAGCAUGCAAAAGAGCUAAUCAAUUACUGUAUGCCAUACGAUGAGAACAUAAAAAUAUUCUUUGGCCAUAGCAUUAAAUAAUUCUUCUAUUUUCACUCCUG